AUGAAACGAUGCAAGGGCCAUUUAACUAGGAAAUUUAUAAAAGAGUGCUGGAGUAAAUGUGGAUGCAACAAGAAAUGUGGAAAUCGUGUUGUCCAGCGAGGGAUACGAGUUGCUUUGCAGGUUUUUGCAGCACCUGAAGGGAAAGGGUGGGGUGUUCAAUCUGUGAAUGCCCUGAAGAAAGGCACUUUCAUUUGUGAGUAUGUAGGCGAAAUUGUGACGAAUCAGGAACUGCACGAAAGAAACAAUGAAAGGGCUGCUAAAAAGGAGAGGCAUACUUAUCCAGUGCUGCUGGAUGCAGACUGGGGCUCUGAAAGGAUACUGGAGGAUGAGGAGGCCCUUUGCUUGGACGCAACAGAAUUUGGAAACAUUGGCAGGUUUAUCAAUCACAGGUGUUAUGAUUCUAACUUGAUUGAGAUUCCAGUGGAAGUGGAGACUCCGGAUCAUCACUAUUAUAGACAUGCUUUUUUCACAACUAGAGGUAUUGAGCCGAUGGAAGAGUUGACGUGGGAUUAUGGUAUUCAGUUUGAUGACAAGCAUCAUCCGAUCAAAGCAUUCAAAUGCAAGUGUGGAAGCACGGGCUGCCGAGACAAGAAAAGACGGCAUUAA